GUCAGUCAUUUGAUACAAGGGCAGGUUAAGACUCGGACAAUAGAAGAAGAUGCCUGAAUCAAACAAAAGGCGGAUUCUGGUUGCUUCGAUGUGUGUGAUCACGCUGCUGUUGCUUCUCAUGUAUUACAAGAAAAUGAACGGCUUCUCAUUCACCUCACUGCAAACGUUUAUCCAACCACAAAAAAAUGGGUCCACAUUUCCCCGUCAGCCUCUCCCUUCUCCACCCUGUAACUGCACUCGUGGGUCAGUGCUUCUCAAAGAUCUCCUCCCCAAGGAGCAGCGUGAGGCCAUCGUGCAACGUCGAGCAAAGGAGUUCCAGCAACACAAAGCAAGGACAUCAUCUGUUCUGUCCAAACUCCUCUAUGCUUUGCCAAACUCUCCUCUGCAGUAUCCCAUCCAAGGCUACACAGUGCGGCCUUUGACCCCAACACUAAUACCAGUAUUAGGGCUGCAUGCAGGAGAAAGAGACAGCUACAAGGUGUUCCUGAAUGUGUCCAAAGGCAUCCUGACGACAGUGACUCCAGACACACAGGUGACAGUUAAAGGUGCUGGUACGAGAGAACUGUCCAUUGAGUCCAUCAGCCUGGUGGUCCUGAAUGAACUUCUGGCCAAAGUCUUGUAUACCAGCAGUAUCUACCACAUAAACAGUGGAGAUCUGGCAUUCUUCAGGUUUGAAAACCAUGAAGCUGUGUUUCCCAUUGCCAUCAAACAGCCCCAAGUCCCAGUUCUGUACCACAUGGGAACAGAUAUUCGAUCUCAAGUCACCAUCCUCACAAAGACUUUCCUGAGAUACCCACAGUUAAAGGUGUUGUUGGCCAGCAUUCGACAGUUCUAUCCUGACAUAACGGUCAUAAUCGCAGACGACAGCCUUGAACCAGAACGCAUCUCUGGAAAAAAUAUCCAGCAGUACAUCAUGCCUCCAGCUCAGGGCUGGUUCGCCGGGAGGAAUCUGGCAGUUUCCCAGGUGGUCACCAAAUACUUCUUGUGGGUGGAUGAUGACUUUAUAUUUACACAGAACACAAAGAUUGAGGAAUUUGUGAAGGUGAUGGAGGCUGUCCCGGAACUGGACGUGGUUGGAGGCUCAGUAGAAGGGAACCGGUUCUACUUUUCUAUUCUCUAUGAGGAAGGAGAUGAAGUGGAAGGCGGCUGCAUGAUCAGGAAGUCUGGUGGAAAGUUUCACCCACUUCCUGGCUUCCUAAAUUGCUCUUUCGCUGAUGGAGUGGUAAAUUUCUUCCUGGCUCGGACAGAUGCAGUACGGAGGGUCGGCUUUGACCCUCAGCUACAGCGGGUAGCUCACUCAGAGUUCUUUAUGGAUGGCCUGGGCUUACUGAUGGUCGCCACAUGUAAAGAUGUGAAAAUUGGCCAUCAACCCAAAAAUAAGGAAAACACCAAUCCUCGCUACACAGAAUUCAGAACAGCUAAAAAAAGCGACAGUGAUUUUAAAUUCCAGCUUCACUAUUUCAAAAAUCAUCUCAAAUGUAUUCGUUAUUCGUAAGACUUCAGAACAAAGAAAUGUUGGUGUGAGCUUUGCAGUUGUCUAUUAUCCAACCCUGUAUUGUUUUAAUUUUGGCCUCAGAGUCCAUGAUCAUGGUGAUAUCCUGUUUAUGACACCUGCAGUAAUGUAAUCCAAUAUUUUUGAAACAAUAAAAAUGUGAUAAAAUGUGUGUGUGUGUGUGUGUGUGUGUGUGUGUGUGUGUGUGUGUGUGUGUGUGU